AUGCGGCUGCUCAACGUUCACACCUUUGCUGUCGAGAGUCUAGACGACAUCAAACGCAGAUUGGCGGAUGACAAGAAGGCCACUGACGUCCCUUAUGUUCUUCUUUCCCACCGGUGGUUCCCUACCGAGAUGACAUUCGGUGACAUGCCUGCAUUCGUCGCGAACGGGUUGCGAGCGCCACCUGAGAAGGCCCGGAGCGCUACGAAGGUACGGGGCGCUUGUGCGCAAGUAAGGGCCUGGCGUCAUAACCAGAAACCGAUAGACUACGCCUGGCUGGACACCGUCUGCAUCAACAAGACAGACCCGGGCGAGACCUCCGAGACAAUCAACUCCAUGUACCGCUGGUACAAGGCCGCAACUGUCUGCUUCGUCUACCUAUACGAUCAUCCGCACGAUAGGGGCCCUUUCUCGUCUAUGACCGACAGUGACUGGUUCACCAGGGGCUGGACCUUGCAAGAAUUAGUUGCACCGACCGCUCUGGAGUUCUUCUAUCAGGAUUGGAGACAUCUCGGGAACAGAAAAGAGUGCAGCGCGGAGCUAUCACCUGGAACCGGCAUUGCAAGAGGCAUACUGGAAGUGGGGGGACCCAUUGGCAAGACCAGCAUCAGUCAUCGAAUGAGCUGGUUCUCAGACCGGACAACCACCAAAGGAGAGGACGAGGCCUACUGUUUGAUGGGACUGUUCGGGGUGAACAUGCCUACACUGUACGGAGAAGGAAGUCAGGGGGCGUUUCGAAGGCUACAAGAGGAAAUCAUGAAGUACUCGGACGACCACUCUCUCUUUGCUUGGGUUGACGAGACAGCAACGGACGACGGGACCAGCAGCAGCUCUCCCGGCUACGGGCUGCUUGCGCCGGCUCCGCAUUGCUUCAAAAACUCUGGGCACUUACAGCAUCACGACGACGGAAGGAACCUCACACCUUUCUCAGUCACCAACAAGGGCUUGUCAAUCAGCUUAAGGUUGUUUUAG